AGGAUUCAUUGCGGUGAUCCGGUAACAUUAUUACUUCUAUCCUGGACACGAAGAGGGAGCGAGCUGAUCUGCUGGAUCAGGCACGCGCACUUUAUCUGGACUUCUGGAGAGACAUUUCCCGACAUGCUGACCCUGAGGCUACCACAAGCUCUACUUUUUGUCUUCUUUCUCUCUGCUCACUCUGCCUCAGGCUCCUAUCCCCAAGCACAGAAUGUCACCUGGAAAUCCACCAACUUUAAAACAAUUUUGACCUGGGAGCCCAAACCUUCAGCUGAUUACUCCUACACAGUGGAGUUCUCCGUGGUUGGUGGAGAUAAACAGAGGAACCCUCACUGCAUCCGAUCCUCAGUGACAGUGUGUGAUCUGUCUAGCUCUCUGACUGAGCUGAAUGCUUACUAUACAGCUGACGUCCUGUCUGAACCCCCACUGGGGGCCUCCUCGGAUCUAAUUGAGUUCCCCUACACCAAAUCACCACGAUUCUGCCCCUACAAAGACACUGAUAUAGGCAGACUUGACUUCAAGCUGGAGGUAAGUGAAGACAAAAAGAAGACCACCCUGUAUGUGGCUGACCCACUCACUGCCCUUUUUAAAGAUGGCCACCAGCUGAAGCUCAGCGAUAUCUUCUCUGACCAGCUGCAGUACAAAGUCACCUAUCGAAAAAAUCAGAGCACCGGUAAGAAAGUGUACAACUCUAAGACCAAUGUGAUAGAGCUGACAGAUCUGGACCAAGGGGAGAGCUACUGCUUCAACGUCCAGGCCUACAUCCCCAGCCGCAGUAUCGACAAGCAGCUGGGAGAGCUGAGCCACACCCAGUGCUCCAACAACAACAACCAGUCCUUCUUUAAAGUGUAUUCAGGCGGUGUGAUUGCUGCUGCCAUCUUCCUCGUCCUGCUUCUGGUCAGCCUCAUCAUAACAGUCACAGUGGUCUGCUACAGACGCAAGAAAAAAGCUCUGAAAAGUGGAAAAGAACGCAUGCCCCUUCAAACUGUAUAGAGCGUGUGUUCCAUCACACACACACACACACACACUCACACACACACACACACACUGCUGUGAGAAUAUGUGGUACUACUGAACUGGAUUGUGGCCUUUAAGGAGAGCAGGAGAGGAGGUCUAGUCCAACAUUCCACUGUUAAACACUGGAAUUUAUCCUCCCUUUAGUUUCUGUGAAACAACCUCUGAAUAUGUUACAUAUUUGAUUCUAUCUUUAUUGUUUCAUGCUGCAUAAAAAUAGACUUUCGGAAAACACUGUUUGAAAACUCCUACUGUGCACACGUCAUAUUGCUGAAGCUGUAAUUAAUUUUUAAUUCCUUGGCUUUAAGAUCUGGUGAGUGGUCACUGAUGCCUGUAGAUAAACACUACCAACUUAUUUUAUUCGUUGCAUUUUAUAGUGUACUUUGUAACUUGAAAUAAUUGUCAUGAUGAGGAAUUUUGGGAGACUGAUGAAAGCAACACUUUAUGGGAAAAAAAGUAUAUAUUAUUUUUGUACCUGAUGCUUUAUUUAAUGUUUUAUAUAAUUUAGUGUUUAAAUUAACAUAUUUGCAUAUGAUACUGUUUUGAGCUGUUCAGAUUGUUGCACUUUUUUACUGUGUAGUGAAAUGCUGAAGAAGUAAUAAAUAUUUUACAGAGCAUGA